AUGUAUACGUUACAGGCAACUGCCGCGUCGUCGCUGUCGCUCCCACCAGAGAGCUACAUCUACUCGAUUGCCAGGUCCGUGCCCGGCAGCUUCGCGGCAAUCAGCUCAGAUGAUUCUCUGAGAGUGUUUGAUGCUGCCCACCUGGAUCAUGUUACCGUGGUGGCUGCGAAGACCCAUGAUGCGGGCGUCACCUCGCUUCGGAGCUACGCAGCAGGCGAGUCGCAGCUCUUGGCUACUGGUGGUCGGGAGGGAAAGGUGAAGCUGUGGGAUGUCCGGGCGAAGCAAGCAGUUGUGGAAAUGGAAACAGCGAGACAUGCGCCAGUCCUCUCUGUAGCCUGCAAUGCCGAAAACAACACGAUUGUAUCAGGAACCGAGCUGCUCUCGUCACAAGCGGUCGUCGCAUUCUGGGAUAUCAGAUCGCCGCAAGCGCCGCGGCUUCAAUACGUGGAGAGCCACAAUGAUGAUAUCACAGAGCUUCAAUAUCACCCAACGCGCAGUAAUAUCUUGCUUUCCGGUAGCACGGACGGACUGGUCAAUAUCUAUGACACCACCGUCACGGACGAAGACGAAGCUCUCGUGCAGGUGAUCAACCACGGCUCUGUCCACCAUGCAGGGUUCAUCUCCGAGCGCACCAUCUACGCUCUCAGCCACGACGAGCAAUUCUCGAUACACCCCGCCACCGACCCCGACGACUCGGCUCAGGAACCCGACCCUGUUCACUUUGACGAUGUCCGCGAGCCUCUGGGGUGUGAAUUUCUCACCGUUCGUAUGCUAACACUUCCCCUCCGGUUGGGACCCUCCAGGAACAAACAAUUGGAUCUUAUCCCCGUUGUGCCCACUCCAAACUGGCGCUUCGAUAUGGACAACCUGUGGCGUCUUCCCGGUGCCCACGGGGAGGAAGUUGUCCGAUCAGUCUUCCUGGAUGAGCAGAGCCAAGCAGUCUUUACCGGUGGCGAGGAUGGCUUCGUGCGGGCAUGGAGACCCGUUGAAGAAGGUAACCAGAGUGCUCAGAAUCCAGCUGCACCGGCAAAAGUGCCGCGGCCCAAGGAAAAGAAGCAAAAGGAUCGGUUCAAGCCUUAUUAG